UUGGCGCUGAGACCUGGGGCUUUCUCAUUGGCUAUGGGCCUUUCAGCAGGAUUGGAUGCGGAACAAGGGGUGGUGGCCAAGGCGUACGGCGGUGUGGUGACAGCCAAUCAGAAGCGAGGCCGGGCUGUGGCGGGAGGUGGAAACGCCGUAGCUGUGCAGAUUUGGCGCGAGCGCGGCUGGGUUUGGUUGCUGCUGGUGUGUAGUUUUUCAGGAAGUUUUGGUGGAAAGUCCGUGAGACCGUGUGUGAGACGUGAGAAAGAACCAGCACUCGCUGUGUUGCCAUCAUGCCUCAAACCCGAUCCCAGGCACAGGCUAUAAUCAAUUUUCCAAAAAAGAAACUGUCUAGGAUAUUGGACACCAAACUAGUACCGACAAAUGUCCAGGCUAUACCCUGGUCUCCUUAUUUAAAAAGUCUGCCUCUCAGCCCUAGAAAACGUCUGGGUGAUGAUAACCUAUGCAACACUCCUCGUUUAUCUCCCUGUUCUCCACCAAAGCAAGGCAAGAAAGAGAAUGGUCCCCCUCGCUCAUGCACACCUAAGGGACGCAGAUUGGUAUUUGACAAUCAGCUGACAGUUAAAUCUCCUAGAAAAAGAGAACAAGCUAGAGGUCACCAAAACAAAAUACUUUCCUCAGUUCGAAAAAGUCAUGAAAGCACAAUAAAGUCUGAGCAGAAAUGGCCACUGGAGAAAGAAUCUGCAUGUAUGAGACUGUUCAAGCAAGAAGGCACUUGCUACCAGCAAACAAAGCUAGUCCUGAAUACAGCUGUCCCAGAUCGGCUGCCUGCCAGGGAAAAAGAGAUGAAUGUCAUUAGGAAUUUCCUGAGGGAACACAUCUGUGGGGAAAAAGCUGGAAGUCUUUACCUUUCUGGUGCUCCUGGAACUGGAAAAACUGCCUGCUUAAGCCGAAUUCUGCAAGACCUCAAGAAGGAACUAAAAGGCUUUAAAAAUAUCAUGCUGAAUUGCAUGUCUUUGAGAACUGCCCAGGCUGUAUUCCCAGCUAUUGCUCAGGAGAUUUGUCAGGAAGAAGUAUCCAGGCCAGCUGGGAAGGACAUGAUGAGAAAAUUGGAAAAACACAUGACUGCGGAGAAGGGCCCCAUGAUUGUGUUGGUGUUGGACGAGAUGGAUCAACUGGACAGCAAAGGGCAGGAUGUAUUGUACACACUGUUUGAAUGGCCAUGGCUAAGCAACUCCCGAUUGAUACUAAUUGGUAUUGCUAAUACCCUAGAUCUAACAGACAGACUCCUGCCUAGGCUUCAAGCUAGAGGAAAAUGUAAACCACGACUGUUGAAUUUUCCACCUUAUACCAGAGUUCAGAUAGCCACUAUCUUGCAAGAUCGACUUAGUCAAGUGUCUAGAGAUCAGGUUCUGGACAAUGCUGCAAUUCAGUUCUGUGCCCGCAAAGUCUCUGCUGUUUCAGGAGAUGUUCGCAAAGCACUAGAUGUUUGCAGGAGAGCUAUCGAAAUUGUAGAGUCAGAUGUCAAAAGCCAGACUAUCCUCAAACCACUGUCUGAAUGUAAGUCACCUUCUGAAUCUCUGAUUCCCAAGCGGGUUGGUAUUAUUCACAUAUCUCAAGUCAUCUCAGAAGUUGAUAGUAACAGGAUGACCUUGAGUCAAGAAGGAGCGCAAGAUUCCUUCCCUCUUCAGCAGAAGAUCUUGGUCUGUUCUUUGCUACUCUUGACCAGGCAGUUGAAAGUCAAAGAGGUCACUCUGGCAAAAUUGUAUGAUGCCUAUAGUAAAGUCUGUCGCAAACAGCAGGUGGCAGCUGUGGACCAGUCAGAGUGUUUGUCACUUUCAGGGCUCUUGGAAGCCAGAGGCAUUUUAGGAUUAAAGAAAAACAAGGCAACUGGCUUAACAAAGGUGUCUUUGAAGAUUGAAGAGAAGGAAAUUGAACAUGCUCUGAAAGACAAAGCUUUAAUUGGAAAUAUCUUAGCUAUGGGAUUGUCUUAAGUGUUUCUCUUAUACCGUACCUAAUGCCAGCUGCAAGUAUUACAGUAUUACGGAGUCUUCAUUUUAGUACUUUAUACAUUAAGGUCUAAAAACAAAUAUGACCUUUUUUACUUGACUCCAAUUAAUUUUAAUCUAUAGAUUCAUAUCUUUGGGUCUUAUAUUAUUUGUACCUACGAAAGUGAACAAGUAGAUUCUUUUUAAUUAUUAUAUUCACUACUUCUACCACUUGCGUGUCUCUAACCAGCGUGUUUCCAAGUAUACAGAUUUGUGUUGUGGAAUGUGUAUAUAAUUACCUCUUAGUGAGAACUUUGAGGUUAAGGUAAGAAAAAUUAAAAAGAAUGAUCAAGAAGAGUAAGUCCACAUGGAGAUUUGGAAGACACUUUGAUCAAAUGGAGUACACUGUGUUCACAUGGCAGAUAGUACCACAUUGUGACAUUUUAAAGACUCAUUGAGUUUCUUGGGCACUCCUAAGGUUGUGGGGGUGGUAAGGAAAAUGUAACUUUACAGAUUGUGAAUAUAUUUAUUUUCAAGUUGUAUUCUUUGUCUUUUUAAGAAAUCACAUUUCAAGAGAGCUCAAGCUUUCAGAAGGCAGUGUGAAAGUUCUUUCCCAGACUGUCCCACAGUCUUAGCUGCACUUAGAAGAAGCCACUUGUUUCAAGAUGCUAUAGUUUGGGAUUGGAUUUUCAUCUAAACAUAUUUUUUCCAGUCUUUAUUAAAUUAGUCCAUAUGUUUA